AUGUCUUCAACCACCAACGCCGACGCUACCACGAAGAAGACUUUCCCGAAGGAAGUCGUCACCGAGACCGAGGACUUCAUACAAGACAUUUUGGAAAUACUGGACGAGGUCGCUGUACCCGUCGAAUCCCAGUUCGAAGCCUACCGAGCCAUAGGGCACAUUGUCUUCGUAUUUGCCAAGAAAGCAACGGCUCUCGUGGGAGUAGAUACCACCGACUGGUUUGACGAAAAUGGAGUUGCUCAAUCUCGGGCCUACCGCGACUCAUUCGAGAAGAACGGUGUCUCAGAGGACGCCAUGGAUGAUGUGUGCCACUUCGAGACAAGCUUUCGCGAGUUGUGGGAGGAGGUAAGUGCUGAGACUCAGGAUGCUCUGUUCGAUCUGUGGCAUGAGUUCUGGUAUAAACUGCGCGAGAUUGACACCGAGGCCAUGGCCAGAGGUUAG